AUGACGAAACCCCCCCCCCCCAAACAAGAUGUUCCAGCCGGUUCAACCGCAAACCACCAGUCCAGAGGUAGAAGUAUCCUGUUGUCAAAGGCAACCGGGAUACCAAAAUCCAUUUAUACAAUCGCAUGUCGCCGAAGAAAAUCCGCUGAUUGCGCUGGAUCCGAGCUUCAGGAUACGGGCUCCGCUUGCGCUGCUUUCGGAUGCACCGACCCGCUCCGGGGCUGA